AUGGCGCGGCGAUUCGCAGCGGUGACCUUUUCUCGCACCUCGCUGUCCGAGGGCACCGACGAUAUCAUGUCAUCGUGGCUGCGCUACUUUUCCGGCCGGCGAUCCUCGACGCAGGCACCGGCCAGCAGCCGCGCCUGGAACAGCACGGUCACAUCCUCUCACGGCCACCGGCACCACUCGUCUGCUGACGCCCGGCACGCCCAACCGGCGUCGCCUGUGCCGUUCAUGGUGAGCAGCGGCGGGUCGGAAUCCCUGCUGACGACGUCGGUGAGCAGCGAGGGAAACUCGGAGGGUCCGGCCCCAGCGGAGGUGGCGUGGGGUCCCACGCUGUGCCUGGCGCUGGUGGCACUGACGGCCACCCUCGCAGUGGUCGCCGUCGCACUGGGUGCCACGCACAUGGUGGCCACGGGCGAUGUGUCGACGGGAGACAGGAGCCAGGACCACGUGGACGCGCCGCAAGUAAUAGUGCCGGAGAAGCGGCGCACGGACUCGCCGACGGAUGCGCCGUCUACAUUCCUACCCAAGGGCGGGGCCUUCGAGAGCGACCCCGACGGGGCGACCACGUUCGGCGCUCCGGUCGCCUUCACGCCCACCGUCGAAGACGUCUUUGCUGCCGCCAAGCGGAAGUCAACCACUGACCCUCGUGGCGCCGAUAAGGAGGAGCGGAGCCUGUGCGACGGUGUGUUCUACACGUACUGCGCCAGGGCGCCGCCGCAGUUCCUCUACGACGCCCGGUCCCGGACGUGCAUCGAGUCGGGUCGGGACGAGGUGCAGCUGUGCAACCACAGCCCAAAUCGGUUCGCCACCAAGGCCGACUGUGCUAGGAGCUGCGUGCACGGCUUUUCGCAAGCCGACAGGUGCUUCGACACGCCCGUCUUCGCAAAGUGCGGCAGGCAGGACGUGAAGGUGAAGCAGUGGUACUUCACGGGCCGCACCUGCGCUAAUUGGCCCUUCUGGCGUGGCCGUUGCCCCAGCAACGAGACGCGCAUGUUCGCCACGUUCGCCGACUGCCUCCAGCGCUGCGUCACCGGGUCGAAAGAAGGGAAGCGGCCCUGCGAGCCCCUGGACCCCGGCGACGCGAGGACGUGCAGUCUGCAGGAGCUCAGCUACCCGUACUUCGCCGACAGUGUCGGGGACCACGUGCGCUGCCUGGCGGCCUCGGUGGCGGGAUUGGCGAGACACCGAUGCCUCGCGGGCACCAAUCGGUUCGCCACCAAGGCCGCCUGCCACAGAGCGUGCAUCCAGAGCUCCGACGACGGCGCUCUUGACUUAGGGUGGUAUUGA